UGAAAAUAUUCAAACGUAGAAAAAAUCGCGAAAUAGUCGCACAACCUAAGCGUACAGUCCCCAACGCGACCAAGUCAGGAUCUAAUCGAGACUGUGUGCACGAGAAACUGGAAGUGGUUCUCGAUUGGUCGAGAGAGGAAAGCAGGUAAGCACACCAGGUUGGAGGUGGAAACGCGAAGGUAGGGGAGCGAAAGUGAACACAGCUCCAAGAAUGGGCAGGAAGAGAACUCCUUUAGCCCGCGGCUGAAACUUUGAUAAUAACUUAAAACGCGUCGUUAUCGUGUCUUUGUUCGCGUUUUCUCCCGUGUUUCGAUCGAUCGAUGAUCGAGAAUCGUCCGGUGAAGUGAUAGUGGCCAGCAUAGCGAUCGCUCGAUGAUGAGAUUCCCGCUUACUUCGCGAAGAGAGAAACGUUGCGUGUGCAAGGUUAUGGGCGUGCUAUCCUACGUGUACCAGUGAUUCUCACUUGACAUGUGUGUGCACCACUCGAUGGAAAAAAUUUCGUGACCGCGUAUUCGACUCGGUGCAUAAUCAGUUACCGCGACGCCGUACCGACGUGAUCGUCGUCGCUGUUGGCGGAACCAUGACGCGAAAGUUGAGCAAGUUUCUGAUACUUUUCGACAACACGAACCUCCUCUACUUUCCCGGCCACUUUCUGUCCGGACGUGUGCUGAUCGAGCUGGACGACGAGGCUUACGUUUCAGGAUUGCAUUUUCACGUAAUCGGCGAAGGAGUGGUCCGCGUACGUAGUCAACGCGCAGAGAGGGUCUACGACAAGGAAAACUACAUAGAUUUUCGCAUGAGAUUACUGGGGGAACCAGGAGAAGGACCGUCGCUGCUUUCGCCGGGGAUCCACAGCUUUCCAUUCAAAUUGGGCCUGCCCCUGGGCCUGCCGUCCACUUUCCUGGGCAAACAUGGUUGGGUGCAGUAUUAUUGCAAGGCUGCGCUUCGUGAACCCGGCGGACUGACGCACAAGAAUCAGCAGGUCUUCAUCGUGAUGAACCCCAUCGAUCUGAACUUGGAGCCGCCGAUCCUCGCGCAACCAGCAAGGCAAGAAAUCGAGCAACGAGUCGGUGUUUCUUGCGUCUCCGGGGGGCCCGUUUUCUGCAGGGUGAGUCUCGAUCGUGGCGGAUACGUGCCAGGUGAAACUAUUGGCAUUUCAGCGACCGUCAGCAAUCGAAGCAAGGUGACGAUGAAAUCGACUAAAGCGUCCUUGACCGAAACAAUUCAGUACCUGUGUCGUGGUAAAGUGCUCGCGAGCGAGACACGAGAGUUGGCGAGCGUUUCCAGAGGGAAAAUCCGUCCUGGGGAAGGCGAGGAGUGGCUGAACGAGCAAAUGUACGUUCCGCCAUUGCCACCCACCAAUCUGCGAGGCUGCCACCUCAUCAACGUUCUUUAUCACGUUUACUUUGUAAUAAGUCCAAAGAGCUUGGACAAAGAGAUCAAGCUGCAAAUACCAAUUGUCCUGGCCACGUACCCUCUGAGACAGGAGGGUGCCCCGGCAGGGACCGCCCCAUCGAAAAGGGGGGCACAUUAUCCGUCAACGUUGCCAAUAUUUCGGCCAUGGUUGGAUGACAAAGCUUUCGAGAUUCAAGAGUGAAAGUUUAACUCACUUUCUCGAUGAAAAUCGCCUCAAAGUUACACGCAAUAACCGUGCAAAAAAUAAAUAAAAAAACAAUUCUGACCCUUUACCGACACUUUUGGUCGGUAAAACAGUCGAUUAAUACGCUAUCGGUCGGUAAUGUGUUGAUACGCUUAUUACAAUGCUUGUUUUGCACUAAACAAACGUAUUUAUAUCGUACUUAUCCAAAGACAAAACGACAAUUAAAUUUAAAAAAAAAAAUUUCCCCAUCGAGCACAGAAAAUGUAAAAAUUUUCUUUUAGAAAAAAAAAAAAGCAUUUUUUCAGUGAUUAAAAAUGAAGUAAUCCAAAACUCGAUGUUUUGUAAAUGUUACAAUUACGAACUAAUAACCAUUACCGUUUAGUAGAGUAUAUUGUAUAUCUUCUACUGUACAUUCAAUAGUUCGAAUUAAUGCUAUUACUAAGAAGCCACUUUUACAACGCCGACAAAUGUAUAAA